AUGAAUCCAAAGCUUGGCAUCAUCAAACAGUGCAUCAUCAAAGCGUACAAUCGUGAAAUUAAGGAAUUGCACUUUUAUAUGACGCUGCUGCAGAAGCCAGUGUCAAACGUCACGAUACAUGUAGACAUCAAACGUCGCUUUAGGUCCACCUUCGCCACCUUCGAAAUUGAUGCAUGCCAAUUUUUCCGUAGCACCCGACGGAAUCCCAUUGCCAAUGCCGUUUACAGUUUCUUUCAUCUGCAGGUCUACUCGAAUAUAAAUCACACGUGUCCCUAUGAUCAUGAUGUAGUUGUGGACAGUUUACGUAUCGCUGAUCAUAUUAACUUGCCGGUGCCUCUCGGCUUAGGCGAAUACGAGAUCAAAACUUAUUGGUAUGUGCUGAAAAAACUGAGUGUCAUUAUCAAUGUCAAUUUUAUGAUUUCCGAAUAA